AUGUCUUCAAUAUCCGGAGAGGUUUCUUCUAGGGAUAACAGACCUGCUGCAAGGUCUUCAAAUCUGGAAAGCCCUAAUCUGCACAGCUUGCAGAUUACAAGUGUGCUGCUGGGUGAAUACAACUUCAGGGAGUGGUCCGUUUCUGCAAUGUUUUUUAUUACUUCCCGUGAUCUCACAGGCUACUUAGAUGGGAACAAGAAGGAACCUGAGGUUGAUAGUGCAGAGUAUGCUGUGUGGCGCAAGGAGAAUGCCACAGUUAUGUCCUGGUUGCUUGCCUCUAUGACUCCUCGSGWUGCCAGGACUGUUCAUCACUUUCCUACAGCAGCCAAGAUUUGGGAAAAGGUGUCUAAAACCUAUGGACAGAAGAAAAACAAUGCUAGAAUCUACAGAUUGAAUCAAGACAUUGCUGCCUUAAGGCAAGGGGAUAUGACAGUUAAGACUGUUGAAGGUAUUUCUAAUGCAACAGCAAUUCAGCUUGAUGUAACAGAUCAUGGAAGCCUUUGCAAAUAUAUUUCUAAGGUUGACAUUGUUAUAAGUUUAUUGCCUCCUAGCUUCCAUGUUAUAAUAGCAGAUGCUUGCCUUGAGUUCAAAAAACAUCUUGUCACUGCUAGCUACAUUAAUGAUGCUAUGUCAAGAUUGGAUGAUAAAGCCAAAAGUGCCGGUAUUACAAUUCUUGGGGAAAUGGGUUUGGACCCUGGCAUAGAUCAUAUGAUGGCAAUGAAGAUGAUCAACCAAGCCCAUAUAAAAGGUGGGAGAAUAAGGUCUUUCACUUCUUAUUGUGGGGGACUUCCAUCUCCAGCAGCUGCAAAUAACCCAUUGGCAUAUAAGUUCAGUUGGAACCCUGCAGGAGCUAUCCGGGCAGGACGCAACCCAGCAACUUAUAAAUCUCUUGGAGAAAUUGUACAUAUUGAUGGGAACAAACUAUAUGAUUCAGCAGCAAGGCUCCAAAUACCUGAUCUUCCUGCAUUUGCCUUGGAAUGUCUUCCAAAUCGGAAUUCUUUGGUCUAUGGGGACUUGUAUGGCAUUGGACAGGAAGCAUCAACCAUCUUCCGAGGAACCCUGCGUUAUGAAGGAUUUAGUGACAUCAUGGGGACCCUAGCAAAAAUUGGUUUCUUCAACAUGGAAGCUCAUCCCAUGCUGAAAGAAGGGAAGAAGCCAACUUAUGGAAGCUUCCUCAAUGAACUUCUCAAAACUGAUAGAAGUGAAAAUUUGGAUGAAGUUAUGUUUGAUGCAAAGGAAAUGGUAGAAAGGCUGAUGACUCUCGGGCUUUGCAGAGAAAAAGCAACCGCAAUGAAGACAGUUAAAACUAUCAAAUUUUUGGGACUUCAUGAGAACAAAGAAAUUCCUGGGACCUGCCAAAGUGCAUUUGAUAUUACUUGCUUGUGCAUGGAAGAGAGAUUAGCUUACUCAAAAAUAGAGCAGGACAUGGUGCUUUUGCACCAUGAAGUGGAAAUUGAUUUCCCAGAUGGACGACCUACAGAGAAUCACCGGGCCACUCUCUUGGAAUUUGGAAGGAUAAAUAAUGGGAGAAUGGCCACUGCCAUGGCUCUCACUGUUGGGAUCCCAGCAGCCAUAGGAGCUCUGCUCUUACUUGAAAACAAGAUCAUGACAAGAGGUGUUAUAAGGCCUUUGGAACCAGAAGUCUAUGUGCCAGCACUGGAUAUACUAGAAGCUUAUGGUUUCCGGUUGUUGGAGAAGAUGGACUGAACUCAAUCAUGCUGAGUAUCUCUAUUGGCUUUUAUAUAGAAGCACGUAAAAGUCUCAGACUCGUGGCAUUUGAAAAAAAGUUCCCUGUAGAUCUGUUUGCAUGGUUAUGAUUUAUAUUGUAUUUCUAGUGGAAACUGAAAGUAAAUCACAAAAUCAUGGCAAAGGGAGAAUUGGUUGUAAAAGGAGAUGAGUAAGGGAAAGACAAGCACUGUAGUUGGUGCUUGAUAAAGCCUUUAUACUUAGAUCGCUGGAUUGACCGGUCUCAUGGUCAUGUACAAUGUCUACUGGUAUUUUUCUUCUUCUUUUUUUUGGUCCAAAAUACACAAUAAUUUGAUUA